AUGCUUCUCCCACGGCGAGCGGUCCUCUUCCUCAGCGCCUGCUUCUUCCUCAUCCUCCUCUUCACAGCCCGAAGCCUCUCCAGACCAUGGCGUGACGUUCCCCAAGUCAUAGGCCUAGGCGACCUAUCCUUAUCCCACAAUGCCUCAACCUCAGACCGAUGGAACAUAACCCGCGCGCACAACUCAAACGACCUCUACGCGCCCCCGCCAAACUUCAUCCCAGGCACGCCCAGGCCCCCGGGCUACAAAUACACCAAGACAAUGGUCGUAGCUCGCACAAAACAAGAAGACACAAGUUGGAUAGCAGAAGAACUGCCGGACUGGGGACGUGCCGUCUACGUCGCAGACGAUCCCUCUGCGCCCCUCCACCCACCUAAAAACAAGGGCCACGAAGUCAUGAUCUACCUCACCUACAUCGUCGACCACUACGACCGCCUUCCCGACGUAGCCGUCUUCAUGCACUCGCACCAAGUCGCCUGGCACAACGACAAUCUCUUCGGCGGUGACGCAGCCGAGCUUCUGCGCCGUUUGAAUCUGAACCGUGUCGUCCGCGAGGGUUACAUGAAUACCCGCUGCGGAUUCGGGCCUGGGUGUCCGGCCUGGAUGCACCCCGGUGCCAUUGAAGCGGAUGAAUCGAAGCAGGAGGAGACCAUGCUGGCGCGUGCUUGGGGUGAGCUCUUCCCCGACCAGGCCAUCCCGAAUGUGCUGGCUCAGCCGUGCUGCGCGCAGUUUGCGCUGUCUCGAGAUCGCAUUCGGUCGAUUCCGCAUGCGCGCUAUGUGUUCUAUCGGGAUUGGUUGCUGGGAACGGAGUUGAGUGAUUAUAUCACUGGGCGGAUCUGGGAGUAUUUGUGGCAGUAUGUUUUCACGGGUGAGGCUGUUGUUUGUGUGGAUGAGACUGUUUGUCUGUGUGAUGGGUAUGGGUUUUGCUUCGGGGGUAAUGAGGAGUUUAGAGAGUAUCAGGCUCUGGAGGCUAAGGUUUCUAACUUGCAAGGUGAUAUGGCUAGUUGGAUGUGGUUCUCCGAUAACCUUGAUUUUGCGGACGACGAGAACAAUGGGGGUGGGGAUGAUGGUCAAACUUUGGAGCAGCAGAUUGAGGGUGCGGAGAAGCAGAUUGCUCAAACACUUGAGGCUGCCAUUGAGCGUGGCAAGAAUCCGAAGUACCGUGCCCUGGAGGCUGGUCGUCCCUGGAAGGAGGGUGACGGGUUCUAA